CCCAAGUCUAUCAAAGCAAUGUCUGGCCCUGGCUGCAUUGUGGAUGGUGGGAUUUCUGAAUUGCCGUGGAAUAAAAGAGAUGACCUGGCUUCAGAUGGCAAGUACAAAUGCUGAAGGUGUCCAUACUUAGCAUCAUUUCCCUAAGUCGAGUGCUUAUGCUGGUAAGAUGGAGGCAGAAGAAUGCAGAAAGAUUUCAGAACAUUUUUGAUGGGGACAUUCCAGAUCUCUCCCAGAUAACAGAAGCCAUCUUCCAAGGAUCUCUUGCAUUUUCAGGAGGGGGAUGCAUUACAUUUGUAGCAGGGAAAUUAAAGGAACCCAGUAAGACAAUUCCCAUAUAUACAGCAAUACCUUUGGUGACUGUGAUUUAUUUACUGGCUAAUAUCUCCUACAUGACUCUCCUGUCACCCAGGGAAAUUCCUUCUUCAGUGGCUAUGACAAUGACAUGGACGGCUAACAUGAUCCCUCAGUUAACAUGGAUUGUUCCUUUUGUGAUUUCUGCCUCAUUAUUUAGCAACAUUAUGAUUGAUGUAAUUGAUGUCUCAAGAUUAUUUUUAAUUGCCACCUAGACCAACUGCCUUUGUUAUUUAAGACACUUCAUAUUCACUCCUCUCCAUUCAUAUCUGUCCUAGUAAAUGUCAUUAUGGUAUCCUUUUUAUUGUCUCAGCAAGGCUAAUAGAGCUGAUAAACUGUGUAUUUUGUGAAUUC